GCGUUUCAGUGGGAGGCUUCAAACCUACAAUGUUGGGCACGGCGUCGUGAGUAAUAAAGUAAUGUCUUGCAAAAGCGUAAGGACAGCAUUGUCCAUUAACUAAUUGAAUGAUCGGUAAAUGCCUCCUGCGGCUAGUAUUAUCCCCUCGUAUAUGUCGUUUAACUUGAAAGAAGGUCGUUUUGCCACAAGGUGAGUGCAGGCUAGAUGACAAUGGCACACGUCGGGGCAGUAAUCGCAGCAAUGGCUGGUGUGAUGGCCAUUCUGCUUCAUUCCUCCAUUCACAAGAUUGAGGAAGGGCAUUUAGCUGUGUAUUACAGAGGAGGAGCUUUGUUGACAAAUCCUAAUGGCCCGGGUUACCAUAUAAUGCUGCCUUUCAUCACUUCAUAUAGAUCAGUGCAGACAACCCUGCAAACAGAUGAAAUAAAAAAUGUGCCUUGUGGAACCAGUGGAGGUGUCAUGAUCUAUUUUGACAGAAUUGAGGUGGUCAAUAUGCUGGUUCCGUCAGCAGUGGUGGACAUAGUGAAGAACUACACCGCAGAUUAUGACAAGACGCUAAUCUUUAACAAAAUUCACCAUGAGUUAAACCAGUUCUGCAGUGUGCACACACUACAGGAAGUCUACAUAGAACUGUUCGACAUAAUUGAUGAGAACUUAAAGACUGCACUGCAGAAGGACUUGAAUGCUAUGGCUCCUGGUCUCACGAUUCAGGCUGUGCGAGUCACCAAACCUAAAAUUCCUGAGGCCAUCAGAAGAAACUAUGAGCUGAUGGAAGCGGAGAAGACCAGGCUGCUCAUCACCGUUCAGACACAGAAAGUGGUGGAGAAGGAGGCUGAAACUGAGAGAAAGAAGGCCAUCAUAGAGGCUCAGAAAAUGGCUCAGGUGGCAGAGAUUCACUUCCAACAAAAAGUAAUGGAGAAGGAAACCGAGAAAAGGAUCUCUGAAAUUGAAGAUGCUGCAUUCCUGGCAAGAGAGAAGGCAAGAGCAGAUGCAGAAUAUUACACUGCUGAAAAGUUUGCAGAAGCCAACAGGCUGAAGCUGACACCAGAGUAUCUGGAACUGAUGAAAUAUCAGGCCAUAGCUGCCAACAGCAAGAUCUACUUCGGUCAAGACAUCCCAAACAUGUUUUUAGACAACAGUGCCUCCCACCCGAGCGUGGGCCAGGGUGCGGCAGACUCUGUAGAGCAGCUGGAGGUCUUGAGUAUGAAAGAGAGUCUUAAGAAAGCAUCCAAGCCCAAAGCCACAGAAGGCCACUGAGGGGCCUGAGAGCUGUCCACCCCUCUCUUCCUCUGCUGUUCCUCUCUCUCUCUCUCUCUCUCUCUAUUUUUCUCUUUCUCUCUCUUUCUGUGGGUGCUUGUAAGGCAUGCUGACAUGGAUACUUUUCACUCUGCUUCUGCAGUGGGGUUGGGUGCUUGGCUAACUGUGCUGUGACUGACACACAGAGCCUGUGGUUUUUCAGCAGUCACUUGUGGACUAAAAAGGAAUGUCCAGACACUGUACCACUGAAUAUUGCCAGGUCGAAUUAAUGCGAUCCAAAUCCCCUCCCUGACUCACAUCAUUGUGCUUUUUCCCCUUUUUUUGCUCUCAACUUUUGCAUGUCACAAAUCCAUGCUAAUUAUUUUUCAAUGAAUUUAUGUGAAGUAUGUGAACAUUUCAAGGUUUAUGUUUGUGUUGUCUUUUACAUAACUGGAAUUAUAAGGCAUCACACUAAUUGAGAUCUAAGGCAAUGGCCAAUUGAGCUACAAUCCGAUAAAACUCAUUGUGUAGCCAAAAUUUGUCAUCUACCUUUCCUUCAUAUGUUGUUGAAGGGGUACUUCACCCUAAAGUUUAAAUUGUGUUAUUAUUUAUUCACCCUCAUGUCAUUCCAAACCUCUAUGGCUAUCUUUCCUCUGUGGAAUAUAUAAAAAAAGAUUUAUAUAUAUUUUUGUGUCCAUACAAUAAGUCAAUGGGAUUCAGUGUUGUACUUGUAAUUGAACUUUCAAUAUAUGCACAAAAACUUUGUUCUACUGAAGAAAGAGAGUGCUGCAGGUUUGGAACAAUAUGAUGGUAAGUAUCUGAUGACAGGAUUUACAUUUUUAGGUAAACCAUCCCUGUAGAAAAAUCCUCAUUUCCAUCACUAAAAUCUUAAUUUAGUCCAGCCACAACUGCAGUGAUCAGUGGCUUUUGCAUGUGUAUGUAAGAAUGCGUUUGUUUUAAAAUCAUCCCUGCUUGUUGAUCUUUGAUUGAAAAUUUUGACACCUAAAUCCUUUGGUGUGAAUUUAAUUUAAUAUAAUGUCAGAAAUAGUGGGUUUGGUAUAGUGUUGUGUAGUGUGUUAGUGCCCUGUGCCUGUUUUUGAAUAGAUGGUUCUUAGAAGGUGUCACACUGAACAUGGGUAUGUUGAUUCCAUAAAGUCUCAUAAAAUGUUAAAGUUUUGAUCCGGGGCUCCAGCCUUUGAAAAGCGAGAGAUGGACAGCUAAUGGAUUCUAUAUAGUUGAGUCAGUUCCUUUAUGACUGAAAAUGCCUUUAUGACUUUAGUUUAACUUGCUUGUUUUGUCAUUACUGGAAGAAGUUUAUUUCAAAGGGAAUUCAGUAACAACAAGGGCUGCUGUAUUACUAGGCACUAUUGUUUUUUAUUUUUAAGCGUUGAUGGGUGAAUGAAUUAAUGAUCAGAUGUUCUUACAUCAUGUUAUUGCAUGCUGGGAGCCAGAUGAUGAUUUUCUGAAGCCUCAAAAACUUCAUCAGAAUGUCACCACUAGGGGAAGCCAGUGCUCUUCAUGGAUCAAACUAGGCAACAAAGACCUACUUGAUUCAAAAUCAACUAAAUCAAUAAUAAUAACAAUGCAUUAAAUCAAACCAUCCAAACAAGGCUUUGAAUAGUGUCUACUAGUACUAUCUCUCAGGAAAAGAGACUUGCAUGACCUGGAUUUUUUUUUUUUUUUUUUUUGCAAACAUAUAAAAGUUGUAAGGUCAGAUAUAAGGUCAUUGUAAAUCUGUCAUGCAGCACAUAUUCUUACAUCCUCUACAAACUUUUCCAUUAAAGAAACAAGCAUUAAUUUAAUGCAGUUAGUCUGGCUUCUCCCAUUCUUGCUUAAAAUUGACAUUUAUUGUUUUCCUUCAGGGUGUAAGUUUAAUUGUCUCAAAAGCUUUGAAGCAAUUCUCAAAGAUUUUUCUCUGUUCAUAUGAUCCCUGUGAUUCUUAUGGCUGAUUAAAUGAGAGAGGACAGAACUUGACUGCCCUGGAAUAAAUCCACUCUGUGAAUGACACUUUUAUAUGUCAGCAUAAUUUAAGCUCCUAAUUUUAAAACAUUUAUAUGCAAAAUUUAUAACAUUUUGACAAUGUUCAGUUCUGUGAAAUAAAACCUAUUUUGAUACCAUGAAAA